CGGCGAACCAUCUCCAUCAAUUCGAUCCCCCUCUCCUCGACUUUUCCACCCCCGAUCCGGUCCAUUGAGUCCUACGCCCAGCCGUCACCAUGGCGUCCAGAGAGCCCCAGUUUAACCAGCAGGUGCUGGUCGACACGACCCCCAUGCCCGAUCACAUCCCCAAGGUGGAGGAGAUCGGUGCUACGUCGGCGCCGCUGUACAGCGCGGCGUACUUUAUCGGAGACCGCUGCAAGCCCUACAACGACGACUUCAUGAAGUGCAAGGACGAGUCGAACGGGCGCGGAGAGCUGGACUGUCUGAAGGAGGGUAGAAAGGUGACGCGCUGUGCGGCUAGCGUAAUCAAGGACAUCAACACCCACUGCCUGAAGUCGUUCACCGCUCACUGGGAGUGCCUCGAGAACAACAACCACAAGCUCUGGGAGUGCCGUGCGCAGGAGAUGAAGCUGAACAGCUGUGUUUUCGAGAAGCUGGGCCUGAAGAAGGAAAUCCCCGGAACCCCCGAGAACGUCGUCCCCGUGCACUUGCGCCCCAAGCAGCUCUACUCGGACUGGCCUGGUCGGCAAUAUUAAAAUUACAAAAUGAAAUCUUGAGGGGAGCAUAUAUCAUUGUGUUUUUCUUAACUGAACUACUAACUUAACGUGUCUUUUGUAUUCCGGUGUUUUCCUUUUGUUCUUCCGUCUCUCUGGUUGACGUCUGUUUGUGUAUAUAUUAGCAUCAGGAAUGUCAUUGGUUCCGCGAGUCAGUCGCUUGGAUACUAG